AUGGCUUCCGUUCUACUCCCACGAGGGACCCUGAUGUUUUUUAUAACGCUGGUCGCAUAUCUUAUUCGAGGGGUACAAGCAGCAGUGAACUUUGAGGCGUGCUGUGCACAGGUCCCUGUCUCCGAUGAUAUCCGACCGUUCCAAUGGGAUUCAUGCCACUCGGCCUACAACUCAUCCGAAAAGGAUCCUCUAAAGAUGUAUUCGGUUCCCAUCAUCACAACAUACGAAUGGUGCCGACGAAAUUGUGAAAAGAGCGGCAAUUUCCAAGCCAGUGAUACAAGCCAAUGGCUGACCCCGCUCGCGGCAUGGAUUAUUCCAGCCUCUGCGUUGUUGCUUUUGCUGCCCAUAUCGGAACAUCUCAAGGACCACAAACAGAUGUGGGGUCGCACGAGGAAGGAGAAGUUGAUGGCACACUAUAUCCAUAAUUGGUUGGGUCCUGUAUUGCAAUAUUUGCAUAUUCUAGGAGAUCCGGCCAGCGCAUUCAACGGGUCUCUAGCACAAAUGGUUGCGGAUUGGAAUUUGUGUAUGUCGAUGCAUCGACCCACCAAUGGGAAGCGAGAGAAGGAGCUCAUUUUGACCGUUAUUCUUACAGAGCAGGCAGACUUCUUUUGUUCUCCUACUAGAAAUGCGCUUGAGUUAAUGGCUGGUUCAAGUCGUGCGAGGGAGUAUAGUAAGACAGCGUGUCGGAUGAUAUGGAGUGCUAGGAAGAAAUUCAAUACUGCUGUUGUCCUGCCUGUUGCUCUAUACAUAGGGGUAGCGGCAUCGGUCUUUUAUGACGCCUAUCAGAAACUGGGAGAUAAUGGCACAUCUCAUAGCCUCGCGUAA